AUGCACGAUGUUGGCGAGGUCAGAAUCAUCUUAUACAUGAAUGCGAACGGACGAAUAGCAGAUUCUUUCCACUGGGCGCAUGCAACCGCCGUCAAGUGCGAGGGGCUCGCGAAAAGAGCUGCCACGGGCGCAGAAAACAAUGACGGAUUCUCGGACGCCUUCCGCAGACUAUUCUGGGUCGCUCUGAUUUACGAGGGCGACUUUGUGUCCGAGAUCUCAAUAACAUUACCCUCAGGUAUAGCGCGAUACGAAGACGUCGUGCCCUAUCCAGCCCCGGAAACACCCAAGCAGCACAAAGACUUCACCAUGGCCCACGCGACACUGGAGGCAGAUGUGGCGAGUCCGGCAUCUACGUCUUUUGACAGGACCGAGGAACUCGUCGCCUUCCAGAUCAGCACCAACGCGGCAAUCAGGCGUUUCCUUAACCGGGUCAACAGCGUCGUCUUUGAUAGCAAAGACCAGUUCCGCAUGACGCGCACCAACUACGCCAACUGGCUACUGCGAAUCACCGAGGAUCUUUGGUCCUAUCACGGUGCGCUUUACCGCAAUCUCCCCGAUUUCCUACUCACGAGCCAGCCUAGACGAACGCCUGGGCAACAGCCGGAGUAUGCGAGUUCGCCCAUGACGCCUGGUAUCAUCAGAGUUGAGGAAUUGGGGAACAAUCCAUGGAAUGUGCUGAGGCUCAAGGGUCGGUACUAUGCGGGACAGUACAUCAUUCAUCGCCCUUUCAUCGAGUACGUGAUGUUGAACAUGGCGCACUUCGAGACGCAUCCGUGCCGGGAGGCGAUAUUGGAGCGAUGUCGAAUGUGCCUUGAGGGGUGCAAGGGGUUCAUCAACGUGUUCGACAUUGAUCCUGCCAACAGCAUCACUGGAUUGUUCGCUGGAGGGAUGGUGUAA